CUACGGUGUACUCGCCUUCCAAUCUCUUGGGUUCCAAAUUCAUUUUCUUCUUUCCCAUUUGCCGAUUCAACCUCUCUUCUCCCCCCCUUUAGAUCGAAAGGCCAAAUUCAUAAUUCAAAUUCUGGAAAUUUCCAUUCUUUCCAAUCAUUUAACGAAAACCCCCAAAAAAAUUCGCUGAAAAAAAACAUUUUUAAUGUAAAUUUUGUAACAAAGAGUUGUGGAAAAAUAAAACCCCCCAAAUUAUUAUUAAAAAAAAAAACGGAUUUUGCUUAUUUGUUUCAUCAAAUUGGAUUGUUUGCGCAAGUGGGUUGUUGAAUUUGAGGAAGAAGAAUUGUGGGCAGAGGAGAAUUUUCUAAAUUUGUGGAGUGCGAUAGAGGCUUUUUGUUGCGUGCUGCAGAGGUUUUGAAUUGUUGCGUUUUGGGUUUCUGAAUUGGUGACGAAACGGUGACGUUUUGAAUUUUGUGGAGAGAAGAAGCAAAAGCUGGGGACUUUUGAUAGCCAAAACGACGCCGUUGGCGUUGGAGGAAUGGAUUGCAGGGUGUGUGUCGCCGCCCCUCUCGAUUUGUGGGUCAACGGUCGUGGUGGUGGUGGUGGUGGUGGAGGUUUCAGCCAUGAGAGCGAACACGAUUUGGCUAUGAUGGUUAGUGAUUUCUUAGAGAAUGGUAGCAGUGGACCUGACUCUUGGUGCAGCAGUGAUAGUGAUUCUGGUCUCUCUGAUUUUGCUCAUCUCUCAGACAAGAUUCAGAAGUGUAAACUUUCGGUGACUCAGCAUGAGAGUGACUUGUUUUCAGCUGUUCAUAGUCUCAUACGAUCAAUGAAUGAGAGCAACCUUCAAGGUAUGAAUUCCGGUCCAUGCUAUGCUAGCUGUAUCAGGUUUUAUCUUGUGAAGCUCAUGAAGCUUAGCGGAUAUGAUGCUGGUGUUUGUGCAUCCAAAUGGCAGGCUAGUGGCAAGGUCCCAGGAGGUGAUCAUGAAUAUAUUGAUGUGGUGGUCAACAAUAACUCUGGAAGCUCAGAGCGAUUGAUUAUUGACAUUGAUUUCCGAAGCCACUUUGAAAUAGCUAGAGCUGUCGAUUCCUACGAUAGGUUACUGAAAUCGCUUCCUGUUGUUUAUGUGGGUUCCUUUGCCAGGCUAAAGCAACUUCUUGGAAUAAUGGAAGAAGCUACUAGAUCCUCUUUGAAGCAGAAUUCUAUGCCUCUUCCGCCAUGGAGAUCUUUAGCAUAUUUGCAAGCGAAAUGGCUGUCGCCUUAUGAAAGAUACACACAUUCGGAAGGAAACAACAAUGACAGUAAUAACAUCAAUGAUGCAACUUGCUUCAACCACAACCAAUGCUGCGGAUAUCUGAGGAGACUACAGUCUUGUCUUCAGUCAGGAUUGGAAGCCGAGCGGAUGCUGAAGGCUCGAAACAGCGAAAGUAACCGGAGAAUGAAACACGAUAGGUGGAGGCACUCCCUGCUAAGGCCUGUUUGACACAUGUACAGCUUUUGACUCCGAAGUUUGGAGGAGACUGAGUGAACAGAAACCAAUUUUUUGCGGCUUUUUUCUCUUUUCCCUUCACAAAAUAUUCAACUAGUUUCCUAAUAAGUGUGAUCCACCACAAUUGCCAGGUUCAUAUAGCUCUACACAUUACCUGCAAUAAGCCAUCUUAUAAUCCAUAAUUCUCUUUUACUUUUUUUUUUCUUUUCCUUUUGGUGUUUGAUGUAUAACACGAAGUUUAUGUUUCGAUUUGGUGCCCAGUUAUAGUCCAUGGAAUUGAGUCUUUUUAAACUGUACCUGAAGCACAGUACUGGGUUUCCUCCCAUAUCUCAUAAUUGAUUCCUCACCUCGUAUUUGUUUGGUGUAGGAAGAUUUUGUCUCUUAUUAUACUUUAAUUUAUAUAUUUUUAUGAUUA